AUGAAUAAAUUGUUAUUAUUAGCAAUUUUUGCAAUUGUUAUAUUUAUUAUAAGAGUUGAGUCAUAUCCAACAUAUGGUGGAUCCAACUCACCAAGUUUCAGAAGAGAAGAAAGACACUCAUUUAGAGCACCAUUCCUUCAAUCAGGUACUGGUAUUUUAUAUUGGGAUCUUGAAGGUUCAGCUUUUGUAAAUGACGAUUUCAUUCGUUUAACACCAGAUCAAAAGAGUGUUUAUGGUUCAAUUUGGAAUACUGAACCAUUAGAAAGUCCAUGGUGGGAAGUUGUUUUAGAAUUCCGUAUUCAUGGUAAUGGAAGAAUUGGUGCUGAUGGUUUAGCUUUCUGGUAUAUCGACAGAAGAGAAGGUAACAAUCAAGAUACAUCAAUCUAUGGUUCUAAAAAUUUAUGGAAAGGUUUAUCUGUUGUUUUCGAUACUUUUGAUAACGAUGGUGAUGGUAAUCAUCCAUUAGUUUCAGUAUUUUAUAAUGAUGGUACUAAAUUUUAUGAAACAGCUAAAGAUGGUAGCAAUAUGAAAUUAGGUAGUUGUUCAGCUAGAUAUAGAAACGAUAGAACAAAUGCCAAAGCUAGAAUCAAGUAUUACCAAGGUAUGUUAAGCGUUCAAAUCGAUGCCAAUGGUAAUGAUCAAUUUGAAAACUGUGUUGAUAAUGUUCGUCUUGAUAUCCCAAUUCGUUAUACAUUUGGUGUUUCUGCUGCCACUGGUGGUUUAACUGAUAACCACGAUGUCUAUUCAUUCACCACUUUCAGUUUAGAUUCAAAUGGCUUCAAUAAAAAUACAAUGAACUAUAACAAUGCUCAAUUUGAAAGAGAAAAGCAAGAAAGAGAAAGACAAGAGCAACAAGAUAGAGAAAGACAACAACAACAACAAAAUCAACAACAACAAAAUCAACAACAACAAGAAAAUCAACAACAACAACAACAACAACAACAAAAUCAACAACAAAAUCAACAACAAAACCAAGAAUAUAAUUCACAACAAGAAUUUAUUAAUACUUUAAAUGAAUAUACUAGACAACAAACCGAAAACCUAAUCCAAAACCAAAAUCAACAACAACAACAACAAAACCAACAACAACAACAACAACACAAUAGUAUCCAAGAAGAAAUUAAAAACUUAUCAGAAAAGGAACAAGUUGCAUUUUUAGGUAAAAAGAUUGAUGGUUUAAGUGAUGCCAUUCUUCAAUUACAUGUUGUUUUAGAUGACCCAGAAUACAAAAAGAGUUUUGAUGGUUUAAGAGAUCAAGUUAACGAUAUUAGCCAAGCUAUGAUUUCAUUAUUAAAAAGCUCUGCCCAAAACAAAGAUCUUGAAUCAAUUAAAACUCAACAAUCUCAAUUUGUUAAAGAUUUCUAUGAAUUCAAAGCAAAUAUGCAAGAUCUUAAAGCCUCCCUUAACAACAGAUUCAAUAAUCAAGAUAACGAAGUCACCAAAAAUAUUGAAAGAUUAAACCAAAAUGUAAACUCUUUCAAAGGUAUGGUUGAAUCAAACUCUAGAGAUAUCCAAAAAAUCUCAUCAAUUCUCAGUAACAACGCCGAUCAAAUCACCUCAACCAUUCAAAAACACAGCGGUACCUUUGGUUUCUGGACUUAUUUCUUAUUUGUCCAAGCUAUCUUUAUCUUUGGUUUUGUAUUUUGGAGAAAAUAUAAAGAUGAUAACAAUAAAAAAUUAAUCUAA